AAAACGUCAUUAGAAUAGCGGGACAACAGGACGGCCGCAAGCCAAACUAAAAUCACCUCCGCCUUGUCCGGUUUUGAGAGUUUUCCUGUGAUCAUGAUUUUGAUGAAAUGAUCUAUGCUUAUUAUCUUAUUGGAUCUACAAAGGAAUUAUUAUUUCAAGGGGUAAACUUGGUAUUUUAACAAAGACAAAAUGGAGACAUUUGCAAGGAAAUCGACUUUCAUGCUUCUUGUCUUCGUGAUUUGUCUGCAUACAACUUUCAUAAGAGCUGAAGACUCGACCAUCCUAACCGUGACCCUGCCGGGUGAUUUUACUACUGAUCUCUCAUCACCAAGUAAUGCUGUUGAUGGGGGAUGGAGUGACUGGGGCGAUUGGCAUUCCUGUACCCAAUCAUGUGAAGGGGGGUUGACUGUUCGAUUCAGGAGGUGCAACAACCCCACCCCUUCCAAUGGCGGCGCCAAUUGCACUGGAUUCUCGAUGGAGCAAGGAGCGUGCAAUACCGACCCGUGUCCCGUUGAUGGAGCCUGGAGCUCCUAUUCGGACUGGGGUGAUUGCUCCGUGACGUGUGGAGGCGGAAACCAAACAAGGACCAGGACCUGCUCAGAUCCAGCACCAGCGUAUGGUGGAGCAAACUGCACCGGGGAGGAUAUCGAGGUCCGAGUCUGCGGCGAGGGCAUCUGCCCAACGCACGGUGGAUGGAGCGACUGGGGAUCGUAUUCACUUUGUAACACGGAUUGUCAGAAGACUCGCUAUCGAACCUGUACGAAUCCAGCCCCCAAGGAUGGAGGCAUGGAUUGUCCUGGAAGUGAGGUAGAUGUUUCCUACUGCAGUGUGCUUGAUUGCCCAGUUAACGGAGAAUGGAGCGAAUGGAGUGUUAGUUCAUGCGAUGAGACGUGCAGAGGAAGAAAGAGUCGAGAGUGUAAAAACCCACCACCCCUAAGAGGCGGGGCAGACUGCGUGGGACCAUCGCAGGAAGAGUACGGGGCGUGCACCGGAUUUAAAUGCGUGCAAAAUGGGGCGUGGUCGGACUGGUUACCGUGGUCGGAGUGCAGCAAGACCUGCGAUCGAGGCGGUAUAUCGCACCGACGUCGACACUGCAACAACCCUCAUCCACGGAAUGGAGGUAAAGACUGCCCUGCCUCCGAUCCCAACUACGAGGAGAAGAAGUGCUUCUCACAUCCAUGUCCGGUUCCUCCGGAUUUCGUGAGGCACGUCAAGCACAAGACGUACAACAUCAACUGGGCUCUCAUCCUCUCAAUACUAUUUGGUAUACUCGGUGUUUUGACCAUUUCUCUCAUCAUCGGGCUAUGUUUACGACAGAGACAUCUCAAGAUAAAGAGACAACAAAUGCUUGAAGAACGUGAGAAGGAUAAGCUGUAUAAAGAAGCUGCAGAAAUGAGUAUCAUUCCGGAUGGGAAGAAAAGCGCGGCGGAGAAACUUCGCCGUCAGAAGCUGAAAGCAAAGCUGAAGAAGAAUGGAAGGUUGGAUGAGACCGAGGGGCUUCUAGAUGACGGGGAGGACUUUGGAUUGUUGGAUGACUACUGGAAGUCGGAUAGCGCUAGUUUGGCUGGAAGCUUAUCUCGCUCCGGAAGUCUCCGCUCCCGUUCUGGCAGCAUGCGUUCCAAGUCUGGCUCAACUGUAGACCUUAGACCUGGUACUGCAACUGAUAGACCUGGAACAUCCUUGGAAAGACCUGGAUCGUCUGCAGAAAGGCCUGGAUCUGCCUUAGAGGCUGGUCCAGACUCGGAUCCUCGUGGUACAUCGUGGAAUCCAGAUGCGACAUCCUGGGAGGCCCAAGAGGACACACUCAUAUCGAUGGAGGGUGAAGAAACGAACCAAGCCUUGCCUGAUGGUGAGAAGAAGAGGAAGAUGAGGAGGAGGAGAAGGCGAAGACCUGGUAACGUUCACCGAGUAUCCGCGGUCAUCGAGCAGCGUGCCGAACCAUUCGAACUCGCCCAAGACGCAACCGACGAGAACCGGGUCGCGACCCCGGAUAUGAUGCAGCACCUAAUGCAGUUGGAUGCUCAAUUGAAGGAGAUGGCUGGCCAUCAGGUAUCGCAGACGACCGGAGGAGUGACGGGAGGAAUCGUACCGCAAUUCGCUGGUCUGACUGAUAUCCUGGGGGCUCCACUUACAGAUGUCAUGCAAGGUAACACCAUCACUUCACCAGGAGGAAACAACAAACAAGAGACACCUUCAAGCAAUGUCGGGAUGAACCUCAGGCAAGCCAUGAGCGGAAAGACCGCCAACGAACCCAGCGCACCGAUCGCUGCUCCAAACAGAGGGGCCCCACACCAGGCAACACCGGACAAGGGUGUGGGAGCAGCGAAUAAACCACAGGCAGCUGCUGGUAUGAAUCUCCAGCAAGCAAUGGGCGGGAAAGGAGUCCAACAGAUCGCUCCUCCAAGCCAACAGCCUCAAAGCGUGGGCGGCACAGGAGCCCAGCAACCGAAUCUUGGCGGGAUGACGAUGCAACAGGCGACUGGUGGGAAGAGUGCUUCAAAACAAAACAAUGAACAGCCCACCGGAGGUAUAACCCUAUACGAUGCUUUCAAUGGAAAAUCAUCGGGCAAACCACAAGCUACACAACAAGGCCAACAGCCUUCUAGACAACAACAACUACGGCAACCACAACAGCAGCAACAACAACGCGGUGGUAUGACCAUGGAACAAGCAACCGGCGGAAAAACAGCGGCUCGACCGCGGUCUUCUUCGCGUGACAGCCUCACCGUACAACAGGCAGCUGGCGGCAAAACCGCAGUCCGCCCGCGGUCCUCUCCACAAGGAAGCGUUACGAUUGAAAAGGAGACUGGCGUGAAAGGAGCGGCUUUACCGCGCACGCCGCAACGUGGCGGUAUGACGAUGCAACAGGCUACGGGCGGAAAACCGAUCUCUCCGCGUGGUGGAGUUGGUUUUACAUCUUCAAUUCAGGCUCCACCGGUUAAGGCAGGAUGGACCACCGGAGGUAGUAUCACACUACAACAGGCAAUGGGACCAAAGAUAGCGCCCCCUACCGGUGUCAGCAAGAGCAGGAGCUAUGACAGCAUCAUCCGUGAAGCCAUGGGCGCCAAUAAAGCGGCGAUGAAACCUCGGCGCGCUUCUCUCAAUGUUAUUGGCUUGACGAGAGAGAGGAGUGAUCUAAACCAAUUCAACAAGCAUUAUGGUGAGCUUCCUAAAGACGAUAUCGAGCUCGAGCAGGAGAUUGCCGAAGGGGCUUAUGGCUCCAUCCACCGGGCUAGUGUCUGGUUGCCCGAUCAGAAGGAAGAUGAAGAACCAACGUCCGUCUUGAUUAAAGUUCUCAAUCGCAACGUUUCAUCGGCCUCCAAAGCUGAUUACAUCAAGGAGAUUGAGACGAUGAAGAAACUCAAAUCUCAUCCGAAUGUCAUUGCUUUCGUCGGCUGCUGCACCAAAUCAGAUCCAUUCUUUAUGAUCUUGGAGUACGCGUCGAAGGGUCCCCUUCAGACCUUCCUUCGCCGUAACCGACCGGGAACCCCCGGCGCAAAGCCCCCACCAGCCGAAAUAUUCCUCCGUUUUGCCAUUCACGCUGCCAAGGGAAUGGCCUUCCUACAGACUCAAAAGGUUGCACACGGUGAACUGACCAGUCGCAAUAUUCUCCUAAACGACUAUCUGAGGGCAAAGGUUUCCAACACUCAUAGAAUCAGAGAUCCUACUGAUGUAGUGAAUCAGGGUCGCAUGGGGGUGCGAUGGAUGAGCCCAGAGGUGCUGGCCGGUGGGUCGUACACCCCUGAGAAUGACGUCUGGUCCUUUGGUAUACUGCUAUGGGAGCUGGUUUGUUUCGGUGCAACACCUUACCCUGGCAUGUCGUCACGUGACGUCAAAACACGUAUCCCAUCAGGCCUCCGUAUUGAACAACCACCACACUGCCCAGAUGAAUCGUAUGAGAUAAUGAAAAGUUGUUGGCAGACUGAUCCUAACCAGAGGCCAUCCUUCCGAGUUCUCGUUCAUGAGCUUGAGAAACUAGGACCGCAGGACUUUAUUGAUGUCAGUCGAUUCGUCCCUACAAGAUAUGAAUACAUGUAGACCAAUACUCAACUUCAAGCACUGUGGAUUUCUUGGAUGAUUCAGUACAACCCUAAAAUCGAGAAAGAGAGAAAAGGCCACCCGACGAAUAAAAAAAGAAGAAGCAGAUAAUCUUGUAAUCAAGGAACAUAAUUGCCAAAAUUUGUAUGUAAACAUUGUAUCCAAUAAAAAUUAUAAUAAUAAAUUUUAUUUUGUUGAAAGUCAAGUUUUGGUUGAUUUACGAAGAUGCCUUUGAUCGCUAUACUCUUUAUCACCCCCCCCCCCCCAUUCACUGUGCUUUAUAGAAGCACAUAUAUAACCUAUUAUCUGAGUUUGGGGCUGAUUCAUGACAUUUAAUGAGUGUUAGGAAUUUUAUUUACGCGUGUUGUUAUUAGUUAUGUAAUCUUCAUAUUACUUUAUCUGUAUGAUAGAAAUAGAUCAUUGUUAAAAAAAGUUUGAUGUAAUGCAAACCACUUAUUAAUAUUGCAAUGGGGACCGGAUCUGACCCCAAGAUGGUCAAUUAUUACUACACUCUGACCAUUUCGUGUGAAAAUGAUAACCAAGAAUGAGGUCAAAUGUUAUCCUAAAAGGGGUCAAAAUGACCUGGAAUAAGGUGAAAUGUGACCUACAUUUCGGGUCGUUCUUUGACUCGGAACGGAGGGAUGCAGCUCCACGCACCGAUUUCCUAGUCAUCCUAAACAGGGACUUCUCUAUUUUCAUACUUGAGAUUACGGCAUCCCUUUAGCUGGAACUUCAAAGUCAAGUAGUGCAUAUUAUUGUGAGGAAUCAUGAAAAAUUGUCCUAUGUACCGUAAUUUUUGAACCACCGCCUCUCUUAAUCAAUAUUUGAAUUUAACGUCAAUAAAUCACACGAUUAUAGUUCUUUUUAGUAGACUUUUUAUGAACAUGAGGAAAUCUUAAUUGCCAAUUUGUGUAUUGUAUUUAUGAAAUAUUGUAUAAUAUUAUAUAUAUGUAUAUUGGUACAAGUUUAUCUUAUCUAUAUACGAUUAUAUACGUUUUAGAAAUUUUAUUAUGUAAUUUUAUGACGACAGUUUUGUGAAGACUGGACAGAUUUAUGGACAUACCUAUUGGUAAUUUGUGUACUUUCAGUAUGUAAAUUUGUAUUAUAUACAGUAUGUAUUUAUAUCUAAAUAUAUUAUGUUGCGUCUUUAUAUAUAAAUAUAUGAUGUUUUGUAGGGUUUCGACUUCCCAUACUUGCAAAUAUAGGUAGGGCUAUCAUGUUUAUGUCACUAAAAUAUGGCGUUCAACGUAGCAUUAAACGUUGGAUUCUUAAUAGUCAUAAUAUUGCAGUGUUAA